UAUUUGGAGCGCUUCCAAUGGGAUACAUGUCACCAUAUAAUGGUUAUGGGUAUCAGGCUACUGGAACUUAUGGGCUCAUGCAGUAUCGCCUUCCCCCGGUGCAGAAUCAGCCCGCUUUUACCAACCUGAGCCCAACUCAAGCAAGUGCAUUACGAGCAGGCUCUCCAAGAAACUUUGCGGUUCCACCAGCCGGUUAUAUGGGCUCUGCUUAUCUAACCGUUCCCAGGCUUCAAUAUCCUCUGGCGUUUUCUGGCGGAAUUAGGCCUUUCAGUGGCCCGUCUAGCCCAGUACCACCAGAAGCUGCAAAUAACCAUGCCGCUACUUCUUCAACUGUCAGUGGAAGUGCCCCAGAUCAUGUUGAAGGUUGUUAAAAAUCUUUUUUUGUGGAUC